AUGGCAGACCCAUUUUCAAUUUUUGCUGGGGUUCUCGCAGCUGGAACCGCAGCUUUACAGACUGCCAAGGCAGUCUCUAGCCUUGUCGAUACUGUGAAAGUUGCUCCGAGUGAAAUUACCGGAAUCAUUCAAGAUGUCAAGCAAUUUGAGGUUGUUUUAUCAUCUUUGCGGAGUACCCUUGAAAGUAUAGAGGUGCAGAAGGUGGUAGCAGCGAACGCUCACUUGACAGAACUCGUAAGUAAUCUCAGGGGCCCGAUCCAGAGUUGUUCGACCACUUUGGCACAGCUUGCACUGAAAUUGAGGCCACACGCGAGAAGUUUCGAUGGGCAUAAUGGCAACAAUGGGACCAGAUCGACGACAGCUAGGAUGCGAUGGGCCUUAGGAGCUCGGAAAGACGUCUUAAAUACUGCCGACAGAUUGUUUCACGAUAAGCUCACAUUGGACACUUCCAUGACAGCCGUCUGUGUAUUUUGUAAUAUUCGUGCCACGGUCAUCAAUCCAGGUGUUCGACAGCGGCGAAUUUCCAUAGAUACAGAUGCUGGCUUUGCCAUCAAACGCUAUUUUGAUGUGGUCUCAACUGGCGGCUCCCAACAUCCUUCCUCGAUAGUUGAUUCAAUUUCCACUUUGAGGGGCGUGGGCCAAUUGCAGGAUAGGUCUAUCGCACCACAAGAGCCUACUACGGCUGAUUUGAUGAUCAAGCUAAGGAUUGCUGGUGAUCGCCGUCAGCAAUUAUUUGAAGCGGCCGAGUCUGGUGACGCCACAACUCUAGAAAUCUUAGCGAUUGCAGGUGAAGAUGUCAAUGCAAAGACCCUCCAUGGGAGAACUCCAUUGUACCUCGCAGCUGAAAAUGGACACGAGGCUGUCGUCGCAGUUCUGCUGAAGCAUGGAGCUGAUGUGCAUUCGAGAACCGCUUGCCCGGUUGAUUUGGAAGGUCACUAUCAAGCACACGGCACUAUUCCCUUGCACGUAGCGGCAACCGCAGGUGUAGAGAGCAUUAUAAAGUUGCUCUUGGAUGCUGGAAGUGAUGUCACCGCCUCAAACCCUGCCAACAGAACCCCCUACAUAGGUGCUCUCGUAGACGCAGCAAGUGAAUGUGGCUGGACUCCUUUACACGAAGCCUGCUCUUACGGAUUCUAUGACAAAGCAAUGAUCUUGAUCAACCAUGGAGCAAAAAUUGACCCGAUCUCGGAUAUUACAGAUGAUAUCUCUCCUAGUGGGACGGCGUCCAGUGAGAUCCAAGGGGAAUGUUCUCAGAGAACACCACUUCUGGUAGCUACUCAGUGGAAUUGUCUGUCCAUCGUACGACUGUUGGUUGAGAAGGGGGCAAAUAUUGACUUUCGCAACACCAGUGGCGAAACGGCACUCCACGUGGCAGCAUGGAAUGGGUUUAACCCAAUAGCGCGGUAUCUGCUGGACAAAGGAGCCAAUAUAGAAGUGAAAGAUGAAUACAGUGACGAAACACCCCUACACAAAGCUGUUGAAAAGAAGCAGGUUGCUGUUGUCAAUUCCCUUCUCGCCCGAGGAGCUAGAAUAGAUCCAAUCAACCAUGUAGGACAUGAUGUGCUUCAGCACGCAGAGCUAAUAUCAGCUGGCGACAUAAUACGGCUCAUUAAGCAACAUAUCGAACAACGUGCCAAAUUGGCGACGGACAUGAGUCAAAAAAAAUAA